GAUGACUUUGACCAGAACCACGAAUUAGAAAAUGGUGAGGGCUUUAACCAUGACCGAAACCACAAAUUUGGAAAUGAGGAUGACUUUAAUCAGGAUGACUUUGACCAGAACCAUGAAUUAGAAAAUGGUGAGGACUUUAACCAUGACCGGAGCCACAAAUUUGGAAAUGAGGAUGACUUUAACCAGGAUGACUUUGACCAGAACCACGAAUUAGAAAAUGGUGAGGGCUUUAACCAUGACCGAAACCACGAAUUUGGAAAUGAGGAUGACUUCAACCAGAACCACGAUCGGAACCACGAAUUUGAAAAUGAGGAUAACUUUAACGAUCGGAACCACGGAUUUGGAAAUGAAGAUGGUUUUGAAAAUGGGCAUGAUUAUCCAAAUAAGCAUCACGAAGAGUUUAACCACAAGCAUAAUCGGGAACAUGGAUUAGAACAAGAGCAUAGACACAAGCAUGAAUCUGAAAAUGAUGGAAUGCAUAUUAAUAAACAUAAAGAAGGGUUUAACGAAGGGUCAUCGCGAGAACAUGAGAAAGGAAAUGAAUCUAAUAAUGCAAAUGAAAAGUGA